AAAAAUGUUUUUUAGCAGCUGGAUUAGAGUAAAUAAUAUUAUGUUGAGAAUCAAGCAUAAUUCGAUACCUGUCUAAAUCUGUUAAUCUAAAUCGAUUGUUAGCUCGUAUCCGAAUCGAGUGGUCGCCCUUGCAGCGAAGAAAGUAUAUCCAAGGAAACGAGGGCUAUUUCCUAGUUCGUCGGAGUCAUAGCAACCCAUCAACAGCCUUAGUUAUCCACAAACAUGGUUGUCGAAGAAGACAUUUUCGGGCCCUUCCCCAGGAUGACGAAGGAGGCCAUCAAGGACGUAUGUAAGAAGCAUAAACUGUACAAUACUCCGCACCUUAACGAUGUGCUCUACCUCCAUUACAAAGGAUAUUCAAAGAUAGAAAACCUGGAAGAAUACACAGGCCUUAAGUGUCUCUGGUUGGAAAACAAUGGAAUAGGAAAAAUCGAAAAUUUGGACCAACAAGUAGAACUGCGUAGCCUCUACCUCCAGAAUAAUCUAAUACAGUGUAUAGAAAAUCUUGAAAUGUUAUCGAAGCUUGAUACGGUUAAUCUUUGUCAUAACAACAUUAAAAAAAUAGAGAAUCUAUCUUCAUUAGGACAGUUGAACACAUUAAACAUCAGCCACAACCACAUCGAGACCAUCCAAGACCUGGAACAUUUAGGAGAUUGCAAAUCUCUUUCGGUCGUGGAUCUCUCCCAUAAUUAUAUUCAGGACCCAAACGUCAUUGAGAUUUUUGGAAAAAUGGAUUCACUUAGAGUACUAUCACUUAUGGGGAAUCCUGUAGUGGGAAAAAUCAGAUACUACCGUAAAAUCUUCACACUGAAAUGCCAACAUCUAACAUAUUUAGAUGACCGGCCAGUGUUCCCUCAGGACAGAUCAGCAGCUGAAGCUUGGCAAAAAGGAGGGGAAGAAGCUGAACAAAAAUCAAGAGAGGACUUUAGAAAGCUAGAAGACCAAAAAAUAAUGGAUAGCGUUAAUGCUUUAAUGCAUUUGGUGAAAAAAAAUCGAAAACGUAAAGAUGAAGCGGAAAAAGAAUGGAAAAAACAAAAGGAAGAAAUUGAUGAUAGCCAUAUCGAAGAAGAACCUAAUCAGGAAGAUGACAAUUCUUCAAUUUAUGACAGUCAGGAAUCCCUUUUCUCAGGAGCAGAGGAUGGGUUUGGUUCAUCGUGUUCUACAUGUUCAGGAAGUACAGAUUUAGAUGGAUAUGAAUUUUAUAAAAAAAAACCAGGAAGAAGAAGGGACCCAUUGACAUUAAGCAGUAAAAGAAGAAAAAAUCCAUAUGAUAAAAGAAAAGUUAAUGAAGAAACAAGAGAUAAAGAAAAUCCUCCAAAGAAGAAAAAUGAUUUCAGUAAAGUGGACUUUGAUAACUUAUUUAUUAGAAAAGAGGCUAAUAAUGAUAAUAAAGAUUUAAAUGAAGUCCCACUCUUGGAAGAAUUUGAAGAAGAAGAUAUUUUACUACAAAAUGCAAAUGAAGAAUUAAUGAGUGUAGGAAAAUUUAAUGAAAUUUAUUUUAAAGCAGCGAAUUCAUCCAAUGAUUUGGAACUAUUUCAUGAAACAGAACAAGUUAAACUGCAACAAAAUAAAAAACAAGUCGAAUCAGCAGAAUUUGAAUGUAGCAUAAGAACGAAUGAUGAAAAAUUCGAUAGAGAAAGGGAAACGUUAAUAAAAGAAAAAAAUGCCCUCAAGAAAGCACCAAAGACUAAUAAUGAUGAUUUCCUGAACUUGCUUUCAUUUUCAUACAAAGCAGGAACGAAGGAUGGUGACCACCAAGAUGGGGUCCAGUAUAGCACAAAUAAUACAGAAGAAAAAGUUCUAGUAUCAGAAAUUAAUGAGCCUUCUAUUGAUUACUCUCAUAACGAAUCCACUGAAGGUAUAUUUAGGCAAAAAAUAAAUAAACCCACAACUUAUUCAGAUAUAUUUAACAUAUCGGAAGAGAGUAAACUUGAAAAUAAUAAGCAAGUCUUGGUUAAUGCCUUUAAGACGAAACAGCUCAUAACUGAAAUUGAUAGUGAAGAACCAAUUUUAUCAUUACCUAAGAAGAUAUCUGAUAUUCCAUUUGAAAAUGAAUCUCAAAACAGUUAUCGAAAUGGUAAUGAAGAAAAUGCAGACUUUAAAAAUGCAAAUCACAAGCAAGAAAUUGAAUUUCUAAUGGCUAGUACUCAAAAUUUCCAAGAAAAAAAUGAGGUGUCUAACAGUAAUACAGUCAAUUCAGCUGAUAAUUUACCAGAAUUUCAUUUAGUAGAAUCUCAUAUGAAUGAGUUAAAAAAAUUAAUGAAUCAAUACAAUAAGUUAGAUGAGCAAGGAAUGAAUAAAAACAAUAGAUCAUGUUCUAAACAGAAUGAACAAGAAGAAUAUUUUGAAGACUGCAUAUUAAAUGAUAAAAGAAAGUUGGAAGAUGUAGAAAGAACAGAUGACACAGAAGUAGCCAAGCAGAAUCUGCCUUUUCUUUUAAAACAUGAUGAGGUUUUAAAGAUACCUCAAAUCAUUCAAAAUACUGAAAAAAAUGAACUUGUUCAAUUCUCAUCUGAAAAUUUAAUUCAACAAACAGUAAACAAUCCUAUAUUUAAUGAAGAGGGCUCAUCAUCAGAUCAAAAAUUACCAGUAAACAAUAGCUCCUUUAAUGUCCUACAAGAUAUAAAUGGAAGAGAACACCAUAAACAAAUUAAAUCAAAUGUCAAUAAACUAAAUAACGAAGAUCAAAUAGAAAUAAAUAUUGAAAGCUUAAUUAAUGCCUAUACCGAACUUACCAUUAAUGAAAACAUAUCAGAACACACAGUGAUUGCAGAUAAUAAAAUAAAUAUUAAUACAAUAGAAAAUGUAAAAACUGAAAUUGUUACUGCUUCUAAGAAAAAUAACGAUGAAAGAUUAGAAAGUAGUAUUCAAAAUGGAAAUAAUGAAAUAAAGAUAUACGAAGAUAAUUAUGAUGAUAGCAUUGUUUCAGUAAAUAAAAGUAAUUGUAUUAAUGAGUUGGUAAAUUACAAUACAACGAUAAGUGAAGAAAAAACAUUGACUGAAUCAAAUAAGAUAAUUACAGGAGUAAUUGAAGAAAUAUACAAUACUUUCUUAAAAAGUACUGAUGAUAACCCAACAGAGAAGAUGCAUGAAAUUAAUUUGGAUAAAUUAACAGAAAGAAGAGAAUCACAAGAAACGAAAUUGGAGAUCAAUAAGGAUGUUAGAGACUCGAUACCAAAACAUGAUGGCAACUCCGUCUUAGUUUAUGACAGUGAUGAUGAAGAUGAAUUAACUUUGCUAAGGGGGUAUUCUGGACCACAUUCAUUUGACAAUAUAUUAUUAAAACGUUGUCAAAAUGCUAAAAUAUUACCUGUAAAAAAAUCACGAAAAAAUAAACUUGAAUCAGAAAAAACAAAAGGAAAUGAAGUGAGUAAUAAGCCAAUAGAAGAUCACAAUGAAAACAGCAAUAGCUUUCCUAUAUUUGGGAGACUACCAGUUAAUCAAUGUACAUAUGAAAUCGGUGAACUUGAAAUUAAUGAACAAACCAUACCUGAAACGAAAACUUAUGAAAUAUAUGUUGAUGAUCAAGAUAAAAUAGAAAAUUAUAGCAGUAGUGAUGUUGGAAUAAAUUUUGAAUCAAAAGAUCAAGCUAUAGAAAAAUACAAUAAGUCAUGCAAAGAAAAUGAGAAAAUAAUGGAAGAGAUAAAAAAAAUGAUUUUAGAAAAUGAUAAAAAAGAUGAAAGUACGGAAAAUUCCAAUGAAUUGAAUAAUGUAGAGUCAACAAACAGAGAAGACUUAAACAAUGAACAAACAGAAAUAGAUAAUGUUAGCAAAAAUGAGAUAUUGUACAAUAAUUACAUCAGUAAUUCAGAAGAUAUUCUAGAUCUUGCACAUGCAAUAGUUUCAGGAAAUAGUUCACCAUCCCUAAAUAGCGAACACUUAAAGUCAAAAAUAAAUUAUAAAAAAAACGAUGAUAAUAUGACCGAUGAUGGGAAAGAAAAGGCCAUAUUGACUCAAGAAAAUGAAAACAAUGAAAAUUGUCAAAAUAAUUUAAAAAACAAAACAGAUUUAACAGAACAUGAAGAAAAUGGCAUGAAAGAGUUAUGCUGAAGUCUCAUUUCAAAAGGAAUAAGAGAAUAGUUUAUGAGAGUAGUAAAAUAAUAAAUCAUAUUAUUUUUAAUAAGUUAUUUUGAUUAAUUAUCUAUACAUUAUUUUAAAAAUCGACAACUAGUGCAGUACUUUAAAAAAAAAAAAAUAAAGAAAGAAAGUGGUUGAAAUGUUAAUCAAUGAAUAUUUGAAAGAAAUAUUAUUCAUCAUAAUAAGAACAGAAAACAGACAGAUGUCAUAAUCUUCUGACAAAUCACAGAAAUUGCAUAUUCUUUAAUUUUAUUCAAUAAUUUAAUCUGUUAAUUUUAUUCAAUCAUCAAUAAAUUGAUAAUUAUUUUACAAGUGAAAUAUUUUUAAUUCCUUUUUUGACAUCCUCGUAAGAUUAAUGGAAAAUAUUUCAUGCAAAAAAUUCAUUUAAAUGGUUUUAAAAUAAUAGUAAUGUAAAAUAGUAGGUUACCAC